AUGGGCAGCGUUCCUUGGGGAGGUUCAGCAUGGGCUGAGCUUGACGUUACACGAAACUGCACCGCGUUCGGCGCCUACGCUGCUUGGGUCACGACAGACGACAACGAGCCGCCGUUUCCCACUGUCGCGAGCUUCUGGCGUGCUGUUGUUCCCGAGGUCAAUUCAACGCAGCCAACCAAUGCGCAAAUCAUCGAUUGGCAUGAGUGGGUUCGCUCGAACAGGACCACUCUGGCCCGUCAGGUGGCAGAUAUCUCGUCAUGUCGGCUGGAGUUGUGCCAGGCCAUUGGCUCCGAGAUUGACGGCGGCCUCGCUGGAUUUGGGCUUCUCGCCUCCUACUGUCUCGAAACAGUAUUGUUGACCAUCUACUGCACAUUUGCCCUACUGCGGUAUUUCAACAACAGGAAACAGAGCGCCAGCUCGCCCAACGCAGCCCAGGAAUCAUCUGAAGCUGUCAAGUCUAGCGUCGUCAGUCGCGCUAAUGAGGCUUUGAGAGGUACAACAUACGACCUCUUUACCGCCGCCGCAUUCCUCUCCCUCGGAAUCCAGGCUACUGUAAUCUAUAGCCAAGUCUCUCCAAUUCCCUAUCGCUAUAACUCCUCUUUGCAGCUCAUCGUGUCGGCCUUUUCUUUCUAUCCUUUGGCAACGAUGCUUCCGCUCAUCCUCAACUCUGUUCGCCGGAGUUGGCUCAAGGGGGCCGUCCUCGUCGGGUUGUUCAUCAUCCACACCGCAGCUUGGGUGCUGUGCACAAAUAACGCCCAAGUCGACUAUUACCACAACUCCAACGUCAUCGGUCUUUGCGCCCAAAACCAUCCAUCACAGGCUGUUGUAUCAGCGGCCAUGUUCACCAUGGCAGCCAUGGUUUGGAUGCCCCCGCUCUUUGGGCUGUGCCUUGGCGUCGUCCUAUGCUUCUACAGAUGUAAUAAUCGUAAGAUUUGGCAGGCAAAAUGGCUCAAAAAAGUUGCUAAGGGGGCUAUGAUUAUGUACGCGUCCUUCAACUUCAUUUGUAUGUGGGGCGCUUGGAUCAUUCUCGUCGUGUUCUUCAGCGGCGCGUCAUGGAAGUCAGAGGAUGCUUGGAGCUUAGGACAAGCACUGGCUCUCACGCCAUGGAUUCCAGUGCUGGUCGAACUCAUGUCCAUCUUGUUUCUUGGCACCGAGGUUGGCUUCGUUGGUCGUUUACCCCUGGAGUUCAAGGUCAUCCGCAUCGAAUUCACGUACCAAUACGAGCAGUCAUUCGAGUACAUCUUUUGGGUUCAAGCUGAGACACCAAUUGGUGCCUCCGAGACGUUCAAUCAGAUUGCCAUGAGCCUCGCGUCGGCAGCCUCUGGAACGAAUCAAGAGACCCUCACGAAGUUAGGACGGGAGUUUCUGGAGUCAACCAAAGCCCGGUGGCUGAUGAUUCUCGACAACGUGGAUAGGUGGUAUCAUAUCGACUCUUUCGUACCAAUGAAGACUUCUGUAACGAUGGGAAGCAUCCUAAUCACAACCAGACACCAAGGCCUCACGGCGCCUGCUCGUCCUAUUGACCAUUACCGCCAGAACCUUAAGGAGCUUACAGAUAGCGAGGGAAGGGGCCUAUUACUUCACGGUCUUCCACAAGAACUUCAAACGGCAACGCGUUCCAUGAAGGAUCCUGAAUUCAAAGCAGCUGGAGACCUGGCGUCAUUUGCUGGUCUCCCGUUUAUUAUUGUCCUGAUCACGUGCUACAUGAGGGCCAUGAAUUGUCAGCCAUCCGAGUUUUCCAGCUACUGGGAUGCCUGGUGGGUGGACAACAAUCCACAUGCCAGGGCAGAAAACAGAAAGACUUCAAAGGACAAAUUAGAGUCUAUCAUUAAGGUAUCAGUCAACGAUUUGAGCAGCGAUACUAGCAAAGUCCUUCGUAUUAUCUCGUUCCUCGACAGCGAUGGUGUUCAGAAGGAGCUGCUAACACUCGAAAAGAGUCAACAGGGACCCAGCUAUCUACAAACCUGGAGGGUCGUGGCCAUACUCAGGGACUUGUUGCUGAGCACUUCAUCACGGAGCAAAAUCACAACGGCAAGCAGACCUAUAUCGUGCAUAGAUCAGUUCAAGCUCGUAUUCUACGGGAACUACAUCAGAAGUCUCAUCAAGCAAUAG